UUAUAAAUUUCUUCACAUUAUAAUCAAAUUAGCUUGGUUUUUAGCUAAGUAUUAUUAAGAAUAUUAAUAAUUACUUGUAUCAUUCCUAUUUAGAUAAUUUGUAAAAACUUGUAAAUCACAAUGCUUAAUAAUAAUUAAACUAUUUAAAGAAGGUCUACACCUAGUUAGCAAUAACAGCAGCAAAGAAGAAUUUUGCUAGCUUAAAAGACAUCUGACGAGCCUCAAAUAACUAACAACAGGAAUAUUAGAAUCACUACUUAAGCACAGUAAAAGUAUGUCCCUUCUGCAAACAGACAAGUUUAAAAUGCAUCAUAAAAUUAAAACUCGACUGCAACUAAUGUUAUAAAUAAAAACUACAGCAGAAUUACUGAAAAGAAUAACUAAAAUUAAGAAAACUAAGGUUAAGUAGUUUAAUCUAAUAAUAGAGUCAUCAUCGAAAGAUAAUAAACACUGAUGAAAUAAAAUAAUGAUAUUACUUAAAGGACAAGCAUUAUUUCAAAUAAUCAAAGUAGUCUUUAGAAAAAUACAAAACCUUCAGGGUAGCAAUAAAGCAAUAUUAAAAGUGAGUAAAAACCCUCAUUUAUGAUAAGAAAAACAAAUAACAAUAUUAUCCAAAAUAAAAGCUCUUUGACAAAUAAUUCUAGUUAGAAUUCAAAUUAAUAAAGUUAACUAUAGCAACAAAACAAAAAUACAGCUUCAUCAAAUACAGCUACAAAUAAUUUAGGUGUUUAGAAAUCCACAUACCCAAAUGCUUAAAAUAAUUUAUAAUCCCCCACAAAUCCAAUAAGGAAAUAUAAAGAAUCAACAAACUAGAAUAUGAUAGGCUAAAAUGAGCGCAAUAACCUUAACGAUCUAACUGAUUCAAUACCAUCUCUAUCAUAACUUAAUGGAAACAGUAACUAAAAUAAUGUGAGUUCAAGCAACAGCCAAAUACCCUCUUCUAGCAAUCUAAAUAAUUUCAGAACUACAGAAUAAUCAAAUAUUGUAAAUAGGAGGUUAACAUCAACAAAUACUGCAACAAAUGUAUCAGCUAAUACAUAAAAUUAACACUCAAAUUAAAUAUCUUAAAACAACAAUAAUAUUUUUACUCAGGCCUCUUAAUAAUAAUCAAAUAAUGAAUAAAUUAACACCAACACAAAUUCUAAUCUCAGAAAUCCUCAAUAAGAAAAUAGAAUAUUUGGUUCUUCUAAUAUACAAAAUACUUAUUCCUAAAAUAAUUCUGAAAAUAAUACACAACAGACACAAUAAAAUAGUUAAAUGUAAUCAUCAUAGUAAAGGACACAGCAGCUUUCUAAUCCUUUAAGCAAUAAUUCACUGGCUUCUUAGCUGAAUAGCUUAAGAGGUAAUAAUCCCUAAAGAGAUAAUAAUCAGAAUACUGUGAAUACUUAACCACGUUAGGUCAGAUAAACUAUUAAUACAGAUAGCAAUCCUACUCUAAGCUAAAAUAAUCAAGUUUCUGGAACUUAGAGACUGAAUGGGCCAGAUAGUUAAUGGCUUAGAGAAACACAAAAUGCAUUACAAUCUAUAAAUUCUAUUUUAAGCCAAACCAAUAAUGCUCUAAACAGAGCCGAAAAUUUAUCAGGAAAUGUUAUAAAUACAAAUAUUUCGUCAUCAACAGCUACCCAAGCACGCAAUACAAGACUUAAUCCAUUUUCCCCUUCUAAUACUGAUACAAACAACAGAUAAGAAUCUGCAGUCGAGGAGAUGUAAAGGGAUCUCGAGUAGCUCAGCUAGCAAAGAAGAUAACAAGAAUAAUAAAUUUUAGCUAGAUAGGCAUUCGAAGAUAGAAUGGCUAGGGCCAAUCAUUAAGUUCGUUAAAUUAUAAGAGAUGAUUAUAGGAGAAAUAAUGGAAGAGACAUGAGUGAUCUUUCAAGCGAAGAUUCGAACCUUGAAAGUGAUGAAGAAGAAUAAAAAACAAACGGAAAUAACCGUCUAUCAAGACUUAAUCGUUUGAUUAGGAAUAGAAACGAGUCUUCAAGUAGCAGUGAUUCUGAUAGUGAAGAAGAGAAAAAAGAUGAACAAGAUAGAAAUAGAGAUAGAGGAAGAACUUAUGCAUCAAGCAGUGUGCCUCCUGUAAGAAAUAACUCAAAUUCGAACAAUGUUUAUUUGCUUAAUUUUAGAAAUAGAGCUAAUAAUGAAGCUCCAAAUUAAAAUAGCAAUAGUAAUAAUAACGGUCCAAGCUAAACUUUAGCAUAGAGACUAGGAAUAAAUUUUGAUAUGGUAUAUAAUGGUAGAUCAGAAAAUCCUAGCCAAAGACCUCCAGGCUCUUUUGUUCAGAGAUUAAUUGAGUAAUCAAAUUAAAAUAAUUCAAACAGGCCAAAUAACUAAAACUAACCAGCAUAAAAUGGAGGGACGACUAGAACCUUUAGAGUUACUUUACCUAUAAAUCCUAAUAAUGUAAACUAAAGAAAUUUAUUAGAGGGAUUGAGCAACCUUGUAAAUUAAAUGAACAGCAGCUUGGGAAGUUUAUCUGGUUCAAAUAACAUUUCUAGGCUAGAAGAGUUAGCUUAAUGGGUAGCAACUAUUCGUCUUCUUUAGUAAUUUACUUAGCCUAGAAAAUUAUCAGAAGAGCAACUAAGAGAAUUUCCAGUUAUUAUUGUUAAAGAAGUAGAGGAUAAUGAAAUAUGCUCUAUCUGUUUAGAUGAAUGGUAAAUAAAUGAUCAAGCUAAGAUUUUAGGUUGCAUGCACAAAUUCCAUCCUAAAUGCAUCGAUGACUGGCUAAAAGAAAAAACAAUAUGUCCUUACUGCAAGUAGGAUUAAAUAUAAUUUUUUUCAGAUAAGAUCCCAGAGAAUCUGCUGUAGUAAUGA